AUGUUUACGAUAAGUAUAUCAAAAACAAAACGUACCUAUUUGAAAGUUUCACCUCUCGAAAUAGAAAUUAUUACGGGUUUAUAUGAUCGAGGUUAUAUGCGAGCAAGAGAAAUUACAGAACAAAUACUGACAACAGAUUAUGGACAGAUUACAGCAUAUUAUAAGACAUUAGCAGAGGCGAGUCGAUUUAAAAGAGUUAAUGACGUUUUAAAACAGACUGCUCAACAUGUAAGUUCAGUUCGGGUUGGAGACCUGAAUUGUUUCGUACGUCAGUCAUCGGAUACAGUUGGUUACAUUAAUUUUCAUGGUCAAAUUGAUCCGUAUGCUGAAGAAAUAAUUAAUAUUUUAUUAGAAGAAGUACAAUCACAAAAUUAUUCACAAACAACAACGAAUUUAAAUUCUGGAACGAAUGAAAACGAUCCGAGUUGUUCUGGUGAAUUAUUAGAUCCAAAUGUCGACGAUAAUGGAACAGAUGAGCAACACAACAAUCAGCAUCCCGAUGUUACGUCGCGUUUGGCAACUUUACCUCUCUCUACACAAAAACAAACAUGGGCUUGUUUUUCGGCUAUUUCGAAUGCAUUGGUUUCCGAUUCUGGUAUUGACAUUGGAACAUUACAAACAGUAAUGUUAUUAUCACCAUUACCUUCACGUACACAGACAGCAUCACCAUCGAUUUCAGCUAAACGGAUCGAAUUUGCUGGUACAACAAAAAUGUCUUCUACUUUCGAUGCAACAGCUGUACCCUCUACCUCAACAACAUUUUCACCUGGCAUAUGUCCUGACGAAGACUAG